AGGAAUAAUCCUAAUUAUUCCUAACCUAAUUUCCUUCUAGCCAAAAUAUUCCUUCCUCUUCUCCUUCCAAAACUGAGACACACCAACAUACACAACCUUAGCCGCCCUACCUAGAGGAAUAAAACUCCUAUUUCUCCUUCCUUUAUUUGUUAAGUCGAAAACCCAAAUACAAUAUAUAACAAAAUCAAAAAUCUUACCUUUUUCCCUUGCCUAGCUGAAACACACUACACUACUACACAACACAAUUACUUUCUUGCUUGCCGAAUUACAUACCCAUGGAAAAACUACCCAAAACACAAAUACCAAAAGCCAAGACACAACCUCAUCCUUAACCUUUUCUUUUCUAACUAAGAACAACAUAACUAAAACUCGUCUUCUUUUCUUCUUGUUUUCUUAUAUAAGAAUGAUUCUUUUCUCAACCUUAGCCGGCAACCUCAAUCCUAGAGAAAGGGAUUAAGGUAGUUGUCAUGGACACACAUGAUGAUGAUAAAUUAUGGAAAGAUACCUUCGUAAGGAUCUUACCAUAGUUCGAUGAGUUAAGACUUGAAAGGGACGAUAAGCCGAAUUGAACACCACCUCCACCCCCACCUAGGAGGCAAAAUUGGAUUAAUGAUGAUGAAGAGGAAGAUGGCGCCUUCAAUCAAAACUUUUAGCAAGCAAGAAGGGAUAGGAACUUAGGAUCCAUUAAGCUAAGGAUUCCUAAUUUUCAAGAGAAAUGAGAUCUAGAGGUCUACUUGGAAUGGGAGAAGAAAGUGGACCGCGUGUUUGAAUGUUAUAAAUUUAUAGAAGACAAAAAUGUAAAAUUGACUUAUGUUGAGUUUACUGACUAUGCUAGUAUUUGGUGGGAUCAAUUAAUUACAGCUAAAAGGCUGAACGAUGAGGAUCCAAUCUCAUCAUGGGUAUAGAUAAAGAGAAUCAUGUGCAAACAAUUUGUUCCUUCACACUACUAUAGGAAAUUGCACAAUAAGCUCCAAAAGCUUGUACAAGGAAAUAAGUUUAUGAAUGAAUAGUACCAAGAGAUGGAGGUAGCAAUGAUCUAGGCCAACAUUGAUGAGAAUAGGGAGGCAAUGUUGGAAAGUUUCUAAAUGGACUUAAUCGAGAUAUUGCUAAUCUAGUUGCAUUACAACCUUAUAUGGAUAUGGAAUAUCUACUUCACAUCGCAAUCAAUGUUGAAAAACAACUUCAAAAUUCAGUCAAAGGUAACUCUGCUCCUAAAUUUUCAAAUAAGUCUAAUUGGACUAAUAAAAAAGGGGGAGUAGUUUUGGUGCCAACAAGACCAACAUACAAAGAUAAGACCACAAACAAUAAGGGCAAAGGGAAGGCUAGUGGUUCAGGUUCAAAGAUCCAAUGCUUCAAAUGCAAAGAAUAUGGUCACAAGCAAGCUGAAUGUCCUAAUCAAAGCAUUAUGACAAUCAUGGACAAUAUCGAUGUGAUAAGUGAAGGGGAUGACAGUAAUGAUGAGUCAGCCUUGGAUGAUGACAAAUAAGAAGAAGAGAUGUCGAAUAUGCUCCUGAUGGUAAACUCUUUUCUUUUGUGACUAUGCGUGCUUUAAGUGUAGAAGCCAAAGAGGAAGAGAUACAACGUGAAAACAUAUUUCAUACUGGAUGCACAAUUGCUAAUAAGUUAUAUAGUAUGAUUAUAGAUGGCAGAAGUUAUACUAAUGUUGUAAAUGCUAGUUUAGUUGACAAAAUUUAUACGAAAAUAACUAAACAUCCUAAGCCCUAUAGAUUACAUUGGUUGAAUAAUUAUGGUGAUAUUAGGGUUACUAGGCAAGCAUUAAUUUCUUUCUCUAUAGGAUGGUAUAAAAAUCAAGUUUUGUGUGAUUGAUUCCUAUGCAAGCUAGUCAUAUAUUGUUAGGACGUCCUUAGUAAUUUGAUAGAAAGGUUGUUCAUGAUGGUUUUACUAAUCACCAUACUUUUACUUUUCAGAACAAACCUAUUACUCUUGUACCUUUAACUCCUAAAUAGGUCUAUAAAAGACCAAGUUAAUUACAAAAGUGUGAGAGUGCACGUGAAAGGGAUAAGGUGCAUGAGCAAAAAGAGAGCUAUGAGAAAAAUAAUGAAGGAUGUGUGAAAAGAGAGGAAAAAGGAGAAUUUGAGUGUUUGCACAGUGAUAAAAAAAGUGAGGUGCAAGAAAAAGGAGAGUCUAGUGAAAAAGUAAGCAAAAGAGAGUUAAAAGGCAAUUUCUAUGCCAAAGAGGGUGAUGUACAAAAAGCCUACUUGGCUAAGUAAAAAAGCAUGCUUAUGCUUGUUUUUAAAGGUGCCAUGUUAUCUUUUUCUAACUCUAAUCUUAAGGAUCUACCUCAAAGCAUUAAGAUUCUUUUGCAAGAUUUUGAUGAUGUGUUUCUGGAGGAGUGGAUUGUUGCCCAUUGGAUCAAUUGAGCAUCAAAUCGGUUCAUACCUGGCGCGCAAAUACUUAAUCGCCCUACAUGUCGGAGCAACCCAGAAUAAACCAAGGAAUUACAACGAUAAGUGGAAGAGUUGCUUUCCAAAGUUUUAAUUCGAGAGAGUAUGAUCCCAUGUGCUGUACUUGUUCUUCUAGUGCCCAAGAAAGAUGGAUCUUAGAGGACAUGUGUCUACUGUCAUGGCGUGAACAAGACUACGGUGCUAAGUCGAGGACAAAUUUGCUUAAGGAAGGAGGGAAUGAUGGAAAUCCUAGUGCUCCUACAAACCAAUCCAAGCAAGAUCCUUUAAGCAUGGGAAGUGGACCAAUCACAAGAGCAAGAGCCAAGAAGCUUAAGGAUGCAAUGGUCUUAUUUGUUCAAACUUUAGUGACAAUUCAUAUUGUUGAAGAACAAGCUUCAAACAAGCCUAAUGAUUCAGAUUGCUUCUUGUUGCUUCAAGCUAAUAGGAAUGGGCUUCAAGAAGCUUAACAACUUGCUUUCUUCUUUUAGGCCAAAACUAUACUAGUAUUUGAUCUUUAUUUAGUUCAGUCAUAUUGUCCUUUAUAACUUAAACUUUAAUUCUUUGGGCCUUUUAUAUUACUUCUUUAGUUUAGCAUAAAUACUUAAGGGUUAUCAUCUUGUAAGACUUUAACUUUGAUUAUAAUUUGAUGCUUGAGA